AUGUGGAGCUCCCCGGGGCCUGUCUCAGCGUUGGUGAUGCUGGUUGUUACUGCUGUGCACGCGGGACUGAAGGUGACUCCAGUCGUGAAGUACACGAAGCCAAAGCCCUUCCAGCCGGUGGCCAGCGGCGCUUCUCACCCUCCCCUCACCCCUCUCGCUGGGAAGGGCCCGUUCCCGGCAGCACCGGCCAAAGCUGAGUUACCCACCCUGAGCCCUGCAGCCCGAGGGGCCACCACGCUCUUCCCCUUCGAGAACUACACACUCGACUCGGCCGAUUUCUUCUUCAACUGCUGCGACUGCUGCCCGUCUGCCGCGGGGCUGCGGGGGCAGCCGGGGGAGCAGGGACCCCCAGGUCCCAAAGGGGAGAAGGGAGAUGCUGGUCUGCAAGGUCUGCCAGGAACCCCAGGUCCUCCAGGUCCAAAGGGUUCUAAAGGAGAAAGAGGAGGCAAAGGGGAGCAAGGAGAGCGAGGAGUGAGUGGCAAUCCCGGUUAUCCAGGCAAACCUGGGCUACAAGGUGACGCUGGAGUGAAAGGCAGUAAGGGCAGCUAUGGCUUCCCGGGACUGAAGGGACAAAAAGGGUCCAAAGGGGAUACUUGCGAGAAUGGGACCAAAGGAGAUAAAGGAGACAGAGGGGAUGCUGGAGAGCCGGGAGGGGAUGGAGGACAGGGUGCCAAAGGGGAAAAAGGAGACACGGGGGACAAGGGAUACUGUGGGGAGCCAGGGGGGAGAGGUGCGAAGGGAGAAAGGGGGGAAGCGGGGACAAAGGGAGAAAAGGGGAACAAAGGGGAGAUGGGACUUGAGGGUAUUCGAGGCGUGGAUGGAAAACAGGGAGAAAGGGGAGAGCGAGGAAUUAAGGGUGAAAAAGGGGACCUGGGACCCGCCGGCGUGACGGGACCUUCCGGACCCAAGGGGGCUGCCGGCAGCAAGGGAGGCCGAGGGGCUCCGGGAAAGAAAGGCUCCCGUGGGGCCAAGGGCGCCCGAGGAGACACCGCCAAGCUCCUGCGGUCAGCCUUCAGCGCCGGCCUGUCCAAGCCCUUCCCUCCACCCAACGUCCCCAUUAGAUUCGACAAGAUCCUGUACAACGACCAGGCAGAUUACAACCCUGCCACCGGGAAAUUCAACUGCAGCGUGCCCGGGGCCUACGUCUUCGCCUACCACCUGACGGUGAGAGGCCGCCCGGCCCGUGUCAGCCUCGUGGCCCGCAGCAGGAAGGUGGCCAAAGCCCGGGAGACUCUCUACGGGCAGGAGAUCGAUCAGGCGUCCUUCCUGACCAUCCUGAAGCUGAGCGCAGGGGAUCAGGUGUGGCUGGAGGUGGCGCGGGACUGGAACGGGGUGUACGUCAGUGCUGAGGACGACAGCGUCUUCACGGGCUUUCUGCUCUACCCUGAUGCUUUUGAGAUUGUGCUAUAG